UCUGAGAAAGAGCACACUUUUGGAGACCUCUUGGCAUGAUGUUCUCUUGGUUGCAUAUUUCUUCCACCAUCUGCAAAUCGUGGUUCCUGUAACCUGCAGGGAGAUUAGCCUCGCUCUUCAUUCCGGACAACCACCACUCUAUGGUAUCUGAGGAAAAAUGGAAGACUUUGGGUUUCUGAAAUUGGAAGGGAACGGCCCCCUGGUGACAGUGGCCCUGUUAGUGGUCCUCUCGGCCCUCCUGAAAUGGUACUCCACGUCAGCAUUUUCAAGAUUGGAGAAGUUGGGCAUCAGACAUCCCAAGCCUUCCCCUUUUAUUGGAAACUUGACAUUUUUCCGCCAGGGUUUUUGGGAAAGCCAAAUGGAGCUCAGAAAGCUAUAUGGACCUCUGUGUGGGUAUUAUCUUGGUCGUCGGAUGUUUAUUGUGAUUUCUGAGCCGGACAUGAUCAAGCAGGUGUUGGUUGACAACUUCAGUAACUUUACCAACAGAAUGACAUCAGGUUUGGAGUCAAAGCCAGUAGCCGAGAGCAUUCUGUUUUUACGUGACAAAAGAUGGGAAGAGGUCAGAAGUGUCCUGAUUUCUGCUUUCAGUCCGGAAAAACUGAAUGAGAUAACUCCCUUAAUCAGCCAAAGCUGCGACCUUCUCCUGACUCAUUUACAACCCUAUGCAGAAUCUGGGGGUGCUUUCGACAUCCAGAGGUGCUACAGCUGCUACACCACUGAUCUGGUGGCCAGUGUCGCCUUCGGCACCCAGGUGGACCCUUGGAAGUCUCCCGAGGACCCCUUUGUGAAGUACUGCAGGCGUUUCUUUAACGUCUCCAUCCCCAGACCUAUCCUGGUUUUAAUCUUAUCGUUUCCAUCCAUAAUGGUUCCAUUGGCCCGGAUUUUGCCCAAUAAGAACCAAGAUGAAUUAAAUGGCUUUUUUAACAAACUCAUUAGGAACGUGAUCGCCUCGCGGGACCAGCAAGCUGCAGAAGAGAGGCGGAGAGACUUCCUCCAAAUGGUCCUGGAUGCCCGACAUUCUACUAACUCCACAGACUUGGAGAGCUUUGAUAUCGUCAGACAAGUCUUCUCCUCUACUGAAUGCCAAGUGCAUCCUCCCCAGCAGCACAAGCCCAGAGCGUUGUCAGAGCCUUUGACUGUGGAUGAGAUUGUGGGCCAGUCCUUCAUCUUCCUCAUUGCUGGCUACGAGAUCAUCACCAACACACUCUCUUUUGCCACCUACCUUCUGGCCAUCAACCCUGACUGCCAAGAGAAGCUUCUGAGAGAGGUGGACCAUUUUAACGAGAAACAUACUGACCCUGAGUACUGCAGCCUCCAGGAAGGCCUGCCCUAUCUGGACAUGGUGAUUGCAGAGACCUUGAGGAUGUACCCACCGGCUUUUAGGUUCACGCGGGAGGCGGCGCACGACUGCGAGGUGCUGGGGCAGCGCAUCCCCGCAGGCGCCGUGCUGGAGACGGCUGUGGGCGCCCUGCACCACGACCCCGAAUUCUGGCCGCACCCGGAGACCUUCGACCCGGAGAGGUUCACGGCCGAGGCUUGUCGGCUGCGGCGGCCCUUCACUUACCUGCCCUUUGGGGCCGGCCCCCGGAGCUGUCUAGGGGUGCGGCUGGGGCUGCUGGAGGUCAAGCUGACACUGCUCCACAUCCUGCGCAAGUUUCAGUUCAAGGCCUGUCCUGAGACUCAGGUACCACUGCAGCUGGAAUCCAAAUCUGCCCUAAGUCCAAAAAAUGGUGUCUACAUCAAGAUUGUGUCCCGCUGACACAGGCGUCCCAGGCAGCAUCCUGUAGCUAUCAUACCACUGAACCUACAAGUCAAUAUCACAAGGACAUCCCAAAUUCAAAGAGACCCUUAGGUGGAAAUUCACAUUUAUGGAAAAAUAUCACCAAAGUGAUAGAAAGGGUGCCUGGCAUGCAAGUAUAAGAGAAAUACAAAGGGUAUUUACAUUACGUUCCCUACGUCCCUAAUAAAUGUUUAUUUGUUGCACUUAGUUUUGACUUUGUCAACAGUGUUUGAACCACUGAUCCACAUACCUGAAUAAGCAUUGCUGAUAAGUAAGUGAAAUGUAAUUUUGACAAAACUACUGAGAACAUGAAGUUUUAAAGGAAGUCUGUCCUAGGGUGGAAAGAAUCUGUAGUGCAGAAACACAGGGACACUCAGCCGAGCCUGGCAAUAGUACCAGCUUGCAGACUUUUCAGCUUCUCAUGCAUUACGGAGUCUGACUUAAGAGAAUGAAUUCAUUAGAAGCUCAACUUCAAAAAUGAUUCAAAAGCUUGAUUAUGCUUUGAUUUUCCUAAGUAGGCUAAAACUAACUUUAUACUAAAACUCAAUAAACAAGAAAAUGACAUAG